AUGAAUAAUCAGAAAAUUAUCAACAAUGUUUACAUUACAAAAAAAAGAGUUUCUGCUGGGUCAUUUGGAGUUGUGUAUUAAGGGUAAGAUAUUAAUACAAGAAAUUUUGUUGCUAUAAAGAUUGACAAAGAAAAUAAAGAAGAUUCCAGCUUAUUAAGAGAAGUAUUAUGAUUUUCUAUUUUAGGCAGAAAUUUUAAGAAGACUACAACAUUUAUAACAUAUACCAAAAUUGUAUUGGGCUGGAAAAGAACAGGAAUCCUAUGUUCUAGUCAUACAAUAUUUAGGGAGAGAUUUAACUCAUUAUAUGAAGACUUUUAGAAAAUUUUCUCUUAAAUGUGUCCUUAAUGUAGCUGAAUAGAUGAUCAACAUAUUAGAAAGCUUACAUAAGAAGUAUAAUGAAUAUCUAGUUUAGCAAAGUCUUACAUAGAGACAUAAAACCAGAAAAUGUUUUAGUUGGAAAAGAUGAUGAUGAUAAUCAACUUUAUAUUGUAGAUUUUGGCAUCAGUAAGUUUUAUAAAGAUGAAAAUGAAUCACAUAUGUAUAAUCUCAAUUAAAUUAAACUUAGUUCAUUUAGAGAAAAUUAACCAUUCAUAGGAACAUCUAGAUAUGCUAGCAUCAAUGCCCAUAGAGGUUACUCAUUAAGUAGGAGAGAUGAUAUGGAAUCACUUGGUUAUAUGUUAAUAUUUUUACUUAAAGGUAUAAUUAUUUAUUGAUAAAAAAGGUUAGUUGCCAUGGUAAAAUUUAUAGUUCACCUCAGAAGAAAAUAAAAUUAAGUAAGUAGGUUAGAUGAAAAUGAAGAUGGAAGUAAGUGAAUUAUGUAAAGGACUACCUAUUGAAUUUGGAAGAUAUUUAGAUUAUGUUAGAGGCUUACCUUUUAAAUCAGAACCAAAUUAUAAAUACUGUUAAUCCUUAUUUAAAAAAAUAUAAAACGAACACAAUUAUGUACCAAAAGAAUUAGUUUUUGAUUGGAACAUCUCUUAAAGGGGGGAAAAGGAAGGUUAGAGUACUAGCAGUAAUUUAUUCAAUAGUAAACCAUCAAUGUAAUAAAAAGAUACAUAAUAAUAAUUUUAGAUUUAGAAAAACCAAAGAAGAUUUAUCAUCCAAUAAUAUUUUAGGAUCUUAAUUAAAUUAAUCAAUAGAAUAAGAGAUGAAUUCUUUAUUAAAAACACCAGAACAGAAAAAAUCUACUCUAACUCCUGAAAUUCAUCGAAAAAAGGGUAGAAUUUAAUCAAUAAGCAGUUAUAAUGACACAAUAUCAGAUCUUGAUUUCAAUAAUAGUGUUAUGUUGGGAAUCUAACCUAGUAUUUUAAGUAGGUUAAGCAAGAUUUCUUUUAAUUCAAAUUCUAGAGUAAAAAAUAGUAAGUCUAAUAUUUCUAUGACUCCUGAAAUUAAAGCAUAAAAUAAGAUUUAAUAAUUUUAACAUGAUCCAUAUUUAGAAAAAUUAACAGGAGCAAAGAAACGUAAAUCUUAGCUUAGUUAUUCUUCUCGUCUUGGCAAGAGAGAUGAUGAAACUAUUUUAGAAUGUUCAAAAAUGAAUGAAACUGAAGAAGGAAUAGAAAGAAAAUACAUUGAACUAAAGCUUCUUUUUGUAAAUGCGUAUGUAAAUUUAAGUUAUUAAAUAGUCGUUUCAAAUUUUAGCCAAAUAAAAGUCUAAAGUGA